AGGACUUUGGGUGAAAUGCAUCCCUCCUGUGACUGGACUGGAGAAACAAGAACAGAAGCAUCCUGACCUCUCCACUCUACUAUGCAGGCUUAUGUACUCAUAAAAAUGGCAGUUAUGGACCUAUCUUCCACAUGGGCUUUCACUAAACAGGACUCUGCCCAUUUCCAUCUGAGAAAUGCUGAAGAGGAAAGGAUGAUUGCUAUAUUUCUGACAACCUGGUUACAGGAACCAAUGACUUUCAAAGAUGUAGCUGUGGAGUUCACUCAGGACGAGUGGAUGAUGCUGGAUUCUGCUCAAAGAAGUCUGUACAGAGAUGUGAUGUUGGAAAACUAUGGAAAUCUCACCUCCGUGGAAUACCAAUUGUGCAAGCUUACUGUGAUCUCCCCAUUGGAUCAAGAAGAGAUAAGGAAUAUGGAAAAGAGAAUUCCCCGAGGCAUCUGUCCAGACCAGAAGAUUCUACCUAAAACCAAAGAAUCAACUGUGCAGAAAAUUUUAUGGGAGGAGCCAUCCAGUGCAGUGAAAAUGAUAAAAUUCACAAUGCAUAAUUGGUCCUCCACAUUAAAAGAAGACUGGGAAUUCCAUAAGAUCAGAAAACAGUGUAAGAUUCCAGGGGAACAUUGGAGGCAAGUGACAUAUGCCCCAAAGAAAACAGUAUCUCAGGAGCUAUUCCGUGACGAUCAUGAAUUAGAGGAAACCUCUAAACUUAGAUCAAAACUUAUUUUUUCACAGAGCAUUUUCGCCAGUAAACAUUGCCAAAAAUGUUACUCAGAGAUUGGAUGUUUGAAACACAAUUCAAUCAUAAACAAUUAUGUGAAAAACUCUGUAAGUGAGAAGCUCUAUGAAAGUCAUGAAUGUGAUACAACUCUAUGGCAUCUUCAGAGAAAUCAAACAGUACAAAAAGAGUACACAUAUUCUAAACAUGGAAUGCACUUCACACAUAAUAUGUUUCACAUACCUAACAAUUUGCAUAUGGCACAGAAUUCCUGUGAAUGUAAUAAAAAUGAAACCCUGUGUCAUCAAUCAUCCCUUAAGAAACAAGGACAAACUCAUACUGAAAAGAAACAUGAAUGUAAUCAAUGUGGAAAAGCCUUCAAAAGGAUUUCUAAUCUUACUUUACACAAGAAAAGUCACAUGGGUGAGAAACAAUAUGAAUGUAAAGAAUGUGGUAAAGUAUUCAAUGAUUCCUCAACCUUAAGGAGACAUAUAAGAACUCACACUGGAGAGAAACCCUAUGAAUGUAAUCAGUGUGGAAAAGCUUUCAGUCAAAAAACAUCCCUUAAGGCUCACAUGAGAACUCACACUGGAGAGAAACCUUAUGAAUGUAAUCAGUGUGGAAAAUCCUUUGGCACAAGCUCUUACCUUAUAGUGCACAAGAGAAUACACACUGGAGAAAAACUCUAUGAAUGCAGUGAGUGUGGAAAAGCCUUCAACACGAGCUCUCACCUUAAAGUUCAUAAGAAAAUUCACACCGGAGAGAAUCUUUAUGAAUGCAGUGACUGUGGGAAAGUUUUCAGUGGGCUCUCAUCCCUUAGAAUGCAUGUAAGAACUCACACUGGAGAGAAACCCUAUGAAUGUAAGGAAUGUAGGAAAGCCUUCAGUGUUUCCUCUUCCCUUAGGAGGCAUGUGAGAAUUCACACUGGAGAGAAACCCUAUGAAUGCAUUCAAUGUGGAAAAGCCUUCAGUCAGAGCUCUUCACUUAUUAUACACAAGAGAAUUCAUACUGAGAGAGAAACUGUGUAAGUGUUAACGAAUGUAGAAUUGCUGUUUUCAUUGGCUUAAGGUGGAUUGCAAGCUCCUUGUCUCAGUCUUUGUUCUCUAAAAUAACCAUUUAAGGUUAUAAAGGGCUCUUUCGUAAUAUAACAUUUUGUUCCAUAAAUACUAAUUACAACUUUUUGAUCCAUGGCUGUUUGGAAUUAGGUAUUUUUAAUAUGGGAGGUAUGUAUAUUUUCAGUUAUCUUUUUAUUGUUGGUUUCUGGGUUAAUUCCAUUGUGUUCAAAGAAUCCGGACUAUAUUUUACUGCUUUGUUGGUGUUUUUAUGAAAGUUGUUUUCUGGCCCAGUGAGGCUGCUAUUGCUAGCAGCCAACCAAACAUUGAGCUCAUCUUUCCUUACUAAUGAAUUCCAUCUUGGCCAAGAACAAUAAGGUAUGUGGUUAUAGAACUCUUUGACUUCUUGUAGCUAAGGGUAGCCAUAUCAUUCAUUCCUGCUGAUUCAAAAAUAGACAUA